AUGGCGGCCGCCGAACAUGCGAUAGCAAUCAAUGAUGAUAUUUCAAUGGAGCUGCCUACACUUCCGCCCAACCAGGGCCUUGAGGCCUUUAAAGAUAUCGUGUUUGGGUCGGCUGCAGGAAUGGCAGGCAAAGUGAUCGAGUACCCUUUUGAUACAGUCAAAGUGCGGCUCCAAUCUCAACCGGAUCAUCUUCCUCUAAGAUACAAAGGCCCCUUGGAUUGUUUCCGACAAUCCUUCCAAGCAGAUGGCCUACGCGGGCUCUACCGGGGCAUUAGCGCUCCCAUGGCAGGUGCUGCCAUUGAGAACAGCUGCUUGUUCUUCAGCUACCGUCUGAUCCAGGAUAUAUUGAAGGCCACUGUCUACUCCUCUGCCGAUGACCUCCCUUUCUCGGCACUGGUGUUCAGCGGCGCUGCGUCAGGAUCUAUUACCUCCCUUGCACUUACCCCGGUUGAGCUUAUCAAGUGCAAGAUGCAAGUCCCCGUUACGGCGUCUGGCGGAACACCCCCUGGUCCAUUGACUCUGAUAGCCACUGUCUUCCGUCAAGACGGUCUCCUUGGCUUUUGGCGCGGACAGUUGGGAACACUUAUUCGCGAGACUGGUGGCGGCGCUGCAUGGUUCGGUGGCUAUGAGGGGGUAUCUGCACUGUUCCGCGCAUACCGUGCCCCAUCUGCAGAGCUCAAGGAAGAUGUGACAUCCUCUGAUUCCAUUCCUAUCUACCAGAAGAUGAUUGCAGGUGCCGCAGCAGGCGUCAGCUACAAUUUUCUCUUUUAUCCUGCCGAUACGAUCAAAUCGCGCAUGCAAACAGAGGAUGUUACGCGAGGAGCAUACAACGGCAAACGACAGACAUUCUGGGGAGUUGCAAAAGCCUUGUGGAGACAGCAAGGACUAAGGGCUCUGUACCGAGGCUGUGGCAUCACCUGCGCUCGAUCUGCCCCCAGCUCCGCCUUCAUCUUCACCGUCUAUGAGGGACUACGGAAUUAUUUUGCCUGA